GCCAGUUGUUGAAAAGUGAGUGUAGUUCAAAUUUGAAACCGCUUGCUAUUUUUUUUGGCCCCACGUCGCCGUUUCCCCAUUCCUUUUUACGCUUGGCGUUUUGAAUUAGAACCCCAUGGGCUAUCAAGAAACGUCUUCAUCGCCUCUUUCCUCACCUGAAAGCGCUUCAAUCUACCACUCGCCAAUGUCCGUCAAUGAUCUAUGUGGCGACACUCUCAAUUCCGACCGACAAAUGCACAUUGAUAAAGAUGAUCCAGACGUACAAGCAGCAGCCGAAGCUUUGGGAAGUAUGGCCAGAGGUCUUCCUAACGGUUCAUCAGGUGUUUCCACAUCUUCAUCCACAUCAUCCUCCGUUUCCACUUCUGUAAGUAGGGAAAGUGAUGUUCGCCAAGGUCCUUUGUCACCACCGCCACAGCGUUUCAUGUCUCGUGUUUCGUCACUUCCUUUGGUCAAUUCCGCAAUCAAGGUGUACGAACAAGGAAAGGCAUCUAAUCGGGUGCUGAAUUACGGUGCCGGACUGGUGGAAUCCAGUGUCAAAACGAUUGCUGCUCCACUCUAUGGCACACUAGGAAAGCAUAUUGAAGACCGAUAUAACGCUCACAAGGAAGAUGAACUAAAGCAAGAAGAAGAAGACGAAGCCGCCACUGCUGCAGCUAUUGCCCUAGCUAGAGCCUCCUUGCAUGAUGUUGACAGCCGGAAAGACUUACGCAGACGAAAGCAUCGUGACAGUGAUGAUGAAGAUUUAGACAUGGAUCAAUCCAUGAAAUCUAGGUCCAGAACAACAUCGCGUUCGACAUCUCCUCGACGUAGCCCACAUCAAAACCAUAUAGCGUUGACACCUAUCAAUCGACGUCAAGAGCAAGUUUCACGCAGUCGGUGGCAACAGCUGGUCGUUGGAGCGGGUUCUGCUGCAGGAACAACUGUGGCCGUUGUUAGCGAAGAGAGUAUGCGAUGCCUAAAAUAUUGUCUGAGUUGGUUACAGUACGCUAUCAAGCAUAUUGAGCAACAAAUGGGAUUUUUGAGAGUGUUUCUGGUGUCACUGGCCAAAUCGAAGGCUACGGCAGAAAACGAUCAGGCGUCAGGUACGGUGAUGGCUCCCCCAGACAUAUCCAAACUGGACGCUAUCAAAAAAGAAGUCAUCGACACCCUACGAAAAGUUGUAGAAGUGAUAUCAAAGUAUGCUGGUUCAUCUUUACCCGAGCAGGCUCGAUCGGCGGUUCGAGGGUUCAUCCUUUCUCUACCUAAUCGUUGGGCUAGUGUUAAUCAGUCGGCGGCCAAUUCACCUACCAUUGGACCUCAGCGAGACGGGCACGCUCAUGAAACGGCGAUUAAAUUGAUGAACUUUGGAACCGAAAGCGUAGAGAUGUUGAAUGGUGUGGAAGCUGUAUUCGGUGACACUGUGGAGCGAGCAGAGACUUGGCUUGAUAGACUACGUGUUAUUGGCGUUGUCAAGACAAAGCAGGACUCCACUCAGCACGAAGCAAAAAAACGAAAGAACCAUGAACAAGAUAUCAUUGCACCACCUAUUAUUCAAACUUCUUCACCUCAUGAAACUGGCAAAACGAAAUGAUUCAACCAACUGAACAUUUCUUUCUCACUCAAAACGAUUCAUAAUUUCUUCUCUCCAUAUAUCCCCCAUCCCCUCAUGUUCCUCCAUUCUUGAAACAAUUACCUAAAGAUACUUUUUUUUUUCGUCCUUCCAACCAACCUGUAUUCAUGUAAAUAAAGAUA